UGGGGGACUGGGGAAUUGAUAUAUAUAUAAGGACUAGGUAUUCUCCAAGACAUCCCAAACUAGUGCUCUUCAUUCUCUGACUGGUCUACCUACCACUGAGCACCAUGCUGAAGGAGGCAAUCCUCGCCUUCACUCUGUUCUCUCUGGUGAUGUCUGCCCCAACAUCAAAACCAGAACCUGUAGAAACUACAGUUGUGGCUAAGACAGAUCCCACUGCUGAUGGACUUGAGAAGGGAGCCCAAGAACCAGCCAAGACUACAACCAAGCCAGAGACACCAGAGACUUCUGCUUCUAACCCUAAACAAGUAACUACAGCACCCCCCGAAGCUACAACCACUCAGGAGGUUCCAAAGAGUAAGCCAAAGACUAUUGCUCCUGAGAAGAAGCAAGUAACUAAGGCACCAGCUGAAACUACACAAGAUGAGCAGGAUCUGAUGAAGUGGAUACAAAAAGUGACAUGGGACGAUCAAGGAAAAGCACAUGUUGUGACUGACUGUGAUGAGGAAGAAGUACCAAUGCAGAUACAGAAUGAAAAUUACAUCGAUUAUGUGCCAUACAACUCAGAUUAUUACAGCCCUGAUGACCAAUACAUCAACUCAAAUGAUUACAACCAAUAUGACCAAUACAUCAACUCAAAUGAUUACAACCAAUAUGAUUACUAUGGAAGACAGAUUGAGGAUGAUUAUAACAAAAUGCAGUACAACUAUGGUUACAAACCCACUAGACCAUGCUCUGGUUAUGACUGCAUUUCGUGCUAUUAAAUGUAAAAGUCAACAACUUAACCAGAAAGUGAAGCAAAUAUCAGUCUUCCCUUCCUGAGAACUGGAACAUCUUCUUCAACCUUGAUUACAUUUCCAGAAAAUUCAGAACUUCAGAACAGAUCUGUUUCAGUUGGACAGUACAAAUGAGGGAAGAUUUUUGUCUAAAUGGAGUUCUGUAUUUGAUUAUCAUUUCAAAUUUUAUGGCUUUUAAGAUGAUAGGAUCAUGGAUUUAAAACUGGAAGGACAUUCAAGUCCUUUAUUUUCAAUGUAGAAAUCUUGAUAUUAGCUUCCUUCUGUGUUCCUCACUGCCUAGGAGAGGAAUUAAGUAUGUAUUCAGGUCAGGCACAUUCUAUCUCUUUCUCCCAGUUUCACAGGCUGCUGAAUUACCUUUGGCUCCAUUUUUCCACCAUGAUCUCAUAAAUGAAUUCUUAAAGUCCACCCUAGCCCCCAAGCCAACCAUGUGUAAUAAUUUCAUUUCAUAUGCUUUGGAGUAAAUUUUGUUGCCUUAUAAUUAUAAGUUAUAUUUUUUAAUGUGAAAUUAUUAAUAAU